AUGGAGACGAAGCCCCUCCGUCUUCAGAACCUCGACGACUCCGUCGGUCGCAUGAAGCGUGUGCAAGAUGCAGAAUGCGACUCCAAGCACCCAAGAUGUACUGCUUGUGCAACUGCUGGCACUGUCUGCCACCAAGAGGAUAGGCAUCGCCAAACCUUGACUCCUCGCGGUCAUACCGAGCGCAUCGAACAUCAGCUUGCUCAGUGUGAAGCUCUUCUCAAGCACCACUACAGCAACUUCACCUUGGACAGCCUCGACGAAAUCAUUGCUCGGGAAGGCAUAGAUGUCUCCUCUAUCGCCCCUCCUCCUCCUUCAGCAAACUUCCAAAUUGAGGGUAGUCCCAUCAGGCCUUUCCGGCCCGACGGUGGUCCCUCGCACCCUCAGCAGCCACCGAAAGGAUACCCGCCUAUGUACCCUCCGCCGGGUCAUAUCAUCCAUCCCCCCUAUCCACACCCAAUGAUGCCGUAUGGCCCUGCACCUCCUUACCACCCACAGAUGCCAAUGCCACCUCAUGGAAGCUAUCAUCCUCACCUGCACCCUGCAUUCCAGCAGCCUCCAGGUGCCUUUCCGCCACCGCACGCCCAACCACCACCUCCAACGGCCUUACCGACGCCAGUUCAUGGCCAACCUCCACCAGUUCAACGCGGGAUAACUGCAACUAAAGGCACAGAUCCGAACGGUAACGACAUGUCAAAUACGGAAGCCCUUGCCAAAAAUUUUGGUGUUUCUGCCGCUAUUGUCAACAAUAUUAUGGAUGCUGCACCUCAUGAUAAAGAAGAUCUGGCAGUUGGCUCCAGCGGUCUCUCGUCAGGUCGAGAUCGGUCCAUAGGGGAAACGACUAUACCUCGUGACGCCUCUCAUUGGGUCGCCUUAUCCGUUCGUCGGAAUUCCACGUCUAGUGGGGCUCCAAACACACUCUCCAUCUAUAGGCCCACGUCGAACGCCUCCACCGUUGAGGUCUGGUUGCCCAAGGAUCGCAAUAUGGUGAAACACAUCGUUGACGUUUACUUUACCCACCUCAACCCUCAUCGUCCGGUCUUUUCUCGUAAAGAUUUUGACCGCAUCUUAAAUGACCUUUAUGAUGGAAAAACUGUUUCUCAUGAUCCUGGCUAUGUUUGCAGCAUAUACCUGAUCCUUGCCCUUGGCACUCUCAGCGAUCUCAAUCAACGUGCGGUCAAAGAAGAUAUUGACAGCAAAGCUGAGGUUAUGCAGCAUCUCGGACCUGCCAUUGCGAAAAAGAUCAUGCCGCAUGACUGGCCCCAGCAUGAUGAAUUCUUCGAACGAGCCCUUGCAGUUAAACCUGACCUUCGUGUUACCAUAUCUAGUUUGCAAGCCCUGAUCCUGUUGCAUUGGUAUCUGUAUACUGAGCGUCAAGGUCGCACGCUCUGGCGGCUUGUUGGCAGCCUGGUCCGAUUGUCAAUUGAGCUCGGCUUGCAUCAUGAUCCGACCACUCAAAUGAAUCCAUCCACAGAUCAGCACCUCUUCACUGAAGAAGAGUGUCAAUUGCGAAUCACUCUCUGGGGGAUCGUUCUUGUGCACGACCGCGGCACGUCUAUCCUCCUCGGCCGGCCGCUUGCUAUCUCUCCAUCAGAUUCCAAUACGCCUCGUCCCGCUCGGCCCAAGCAAGCACGUCUCUCAGACUUCUCUGAGCACUUCGAACUUUCACAACCCGUUGCUGAGAUCCAAGCUGACAUCAUCAAUGCCCUCUAUACGCCAAAGAAGCAGGCUGCGGACACUAUCAUGCGCAAUGCGACCAGGAUUAUUAAGAGCAUGCUCGAGUUUAGACGUGGUCUGCCAGAACGAUACAAGUACUAUUUCAACGGCACUAGCGACUGGGUGUUGGAGAAAAAAAGCGAACUUGUUCAAAAUAUCACGGAAGAUGAGGGGCUCACUCUGUUGAAGGUUGGAAUAGCGCGCAUUUUACUUCUACGGGCCUUGUUCAGUUCUAAAGAGCUGUCGUACGCCCAUCGACAUAAAGCCUUAGUUGAUGCCAUCAUUACAUCUCACAAUAUGAUCAUCAUCCACAACCAACUUAUCCGCUUCCCCAACAUCGCAUUUUUUACCUCCCCAAUCCCUCUCCACAUCGCAGCCAUGGUUAUAUUAUAUGGCCAUAUGUCGAAAGUUGACUGUCUCCCUCCUAAUAUCGCAUUGGAGGACCUCUGGCUGGCUCUUGAUAUGCUUCCUCGAUUCCGUUGGAGAUGGGAGCGGAAAGAUGUCAAUGGAGGCCAUCCACUCAUCGCUAAACUCGCGGAGCGCGUUAUGGACAUUAAUCUCCGUAACAUCGUGCCAACGGGACACCCCGUCCUCCUUUGCGAGCCUGAGUGGGAUGAGGACACGGUUAUGUCACAGGCCCAAAAAUCCCAACAGAGCACUCCGCCUCUAUCCGCUUAUCCUGCAUCUGCUGGCGGUAGCAUGGUUUAUGGCCCACAGCCGCGAGCUAUGAAUAACGCCCCUGGGACGAUGAAUGGGUCGCACAGUGGCGGGUCUACGCCGCCUAACAAGCAACUUGUCGAAGUGCCCAGUGUACUCUUUUAUCCCUUCUUUCCCGAAGCUCCAAUACCCUCAAGCGGUAAUGGGGCUGUCACACCGAAUGGAAACCGUCGACAUGACUAUACGCAAAUAUUGGCUGCGGCCGCUGCAGCUGGUUCUCAACCCUCUCAUGAUUCCUACAUGUCAGAAGAGAGAGACACCUCUCAUAGCCUACAUCCACAACAGCAAAUGUGGAUGAAUGUGGGCCAACGACCAGCUAUGCCUGGUUACAAUGCGCCCCCUUAA